AGCAGGAUCUCAGUCGUUCCCGCAGCCUCCGGGUCCGAGAUGCUCCAGGAGAGAUACUGCCACGACACAUGGAGGUUGCUUGUGGCGUGCAUCCUGAUGAGCAGGGUAUCCUCCGCACAGGUCAAAGACAAGUGCAUCAACGGGUUCUUUGAUCUCUUCCCCACUCCCUCGGCCUUCAAGGUAUCGGACGACGAGCAGGUCUUUGAGAUGAUCAAGCCCCUGGGCCUUUUCGACUCGAGAAUCAAGGGGCUCCGAGACGUGACCAACCGUUUUCUCUCCAUGUCAGAGUUCGUGAUUGGUCUGGAGAAAGACUACAAGCCUGCUGGGGUCGGACAGUUC